CCGCAAAAAUUGAAAUUUGCAACGGAUUUUAAACCAAUCAAAACGGAGCAAAAAAUUUCCAACGCAUCACCUUCCGAUUCGCUCAGAGCCACAAAAAACCACCAAGCAAAGCCGCCUCCGCCGCGGAAAAAUGGCUCCACCCUUUCCGCACUGUUGUUCUCUCCAGAGCAACACCUGUCUUCCAGGAGGAACAAGAGGGGAAAUAGGGAAAGAAAAAGAAGAUAGCUGCUGGGGAGGAGCAAAAAUGGCGAAAUUUACUCUCAAAGCUGAGAGCUUUUGCUCUUUCCUUCCUCAAACUACUACCACGGUCAGGAAAGCCUCCAACUUUCGGGAGAAUUCAGCCGGUGGUCGUCACCUUCAGAUGUCUCUGGCGAGACCCAGGUUUCGAGUCUCGUGUAGUAUCAGAGAGAAAGAGGGUGUGAAAAAGGAUGGGGACAAGGUUCCUGCUGUUGGUCCUUCUCAUCAGGGUGUUAAUGGAGUCCGAAUCAGUGAGUCUGAACAGGGUGGAGGUGGAGUGGGGUUUGAUUGGAAUUGGCCGCCGUGGAAGAAUCUUCCUGCGAGAUAUAAGCUUAUUGGGACUACUUCACUUGCCUUUGUUAUCUGCAACAUGGAUAAGGUUAAUUUGAGUGUGGCUAUAAUUCCAAUGUCAAACCAGUUCGGUUGGAAUUCAUCCACGGCUGGGUUAGUGCAAUCCUCCUUCUUUUGGGGAUAUGCUUUGAGUCAGUUGCCUGGAGGUUGGCUUGCCAAGAGAUUUGGUGGCAGAAAAGUUCUUGAGAUCGGAGUGUUGACUUGGUCAUUUGCUACAGCAUUGGUCCCUUUGCUUGCCGGAUUCAUGCCUGGACUUGUUUUCACUAGGAUUUUGGUUGGUAUAGGAGAAGGUGUUUCCCCAUCAGCUGCAACCGACCUGAUCGCCAGGUCGAUACCUCUACAAGAACGAUCACGGGCAGUAGCAUUCGUUUUCGGUGGACUGAGUGUGGGAAGCGUAGCAGGGCUAAUUUUGGCACCUGCACUCAUUCAGCAUUAUGGAUGGGAAUCUGUAUUUUACUUAUUUGGCCUAUUUGGAAUAGCCUGGUUUGUAGGAUUUCAGACUAUGGUCGAACAAGAAGCUUCAUAUGCUGAACCUGCUGCAAAUUCUUCAAAUCACCAAGAGGAAAAAUCACAGGGAUCUUCUCUAGCCGAGCUUGAUGAGUCGGUGAAGGAUGUGCCAUGGAGAGCAAUUUUCAAGAGCCCAGCUGUAUGGGCUAUGAUUUAUGCCCACUUUUGUGGGAGUUGGGGCCACUAUACCUGUUUGUCAUGGCUCCCUACUUAUUUCAGCGAGGCACUGAACCUAAACUUGACUGAGGCUGCAUGGGUGUCAAUUCUUCCUCCCUUGGCUUCAGUUUUCGUGACUAACCUCGCUGCACAAUUGGCGGACAAGUUGAUUGCUAGUGGAGUUGAAACCACAACGGUACGGAAGUUUUGUCAAACAGUUGGUUUUCUGGCUCCUGCGCUUUGUAUGAUCCCUUCCGCUGUCGAUUUAGGAUUGCCCCCAUGGGAAGUUGUGGGGAUUCUCACUGCUGGCUUGGCCCUCUCAAGCUUUGCCUUGUCUGGACUGUAUUGUACUCACCAAGAUAUUUCCCCUGAAUACGCAAGCAUACUCCUGGGUAUAACCAGUACUACUGGAGCUGUCCCUGGAAUUGUUGGUGUUGCCUUGACUGGCUACUUGCUAGAUACAACUCAUUCAUGGACUAUAUCGUUAUUUGCACCAUCCAUCUUCUUCUACUUGACCGGCACGAUUGUAUGGUUGGUAUUUGCCAGUAGUAAGCCACAAAAUUUCUCCAGUUGAGGACAUUGAUUGUCUCCUCAUGUAUACUUAGUAUAGGUAUAGUAUCAGUCUUUUCUCUGCCACUUUUUUUUGGCUAGAUCACCUGAAGGUUGAGCAAGUGCUCUGUCAGCCAGCAACCAAUAUGUAGUACCAUAUCUUUGCAUCUCAAUGUUGUAUCAUUUGUACAUUCUAUUGAAAAUCUGCAUUGCCACAGACCUUCAGAUUUU